GGACUUUAGCCACAGCCUUCUCUGCACAGUUUAUUAAUAACAGAAGAGUCGGAUUGUGCAGAUGCCAUGUCCAGUACAGACAAGGAAGGAGAAAACUCCCAGGCAGAGAGACCUGUCCCAGAGUCUUCUUUACCUCAUCCCAAUGAUGCCCCAGAUGAUCCUAGACCAUUGUCCUUAGAUGAUGUUGGGGUGAAGUUCCAGUUCUGCAUUGCUGCUGUGGGACAGCUGGAGCAAGAACGUGAUGAGCUAAUUCGGGAACUGACACUGCUUCGAGAGCCUUCUUUUGAAGCAGUUAGGAGUGCACAUGAAGAGGUACUGCAGGCAUUUGGCCAGAAAGCUCGGGCAGAACUAGAAAGAGAUGCUCUGCAGGAGGAGGUUCGAACUGUCAGAUGCAAGCUCUUCAGUGUGACCAGAGAAUAUGUGACAUGUCAAUUUCAGCUGGAGAAUCAGCGUGAAGAGCUAAAAGAAAAACAAAUACAACGUGGAGACCUUGAGACACUUGCUUCUCGUCUGGCAGAGGACCUCACCCAGCUCAGGACUGCUUUUGUGGAGCAAAGAGAAGGAUCUCAGCAGCAGCUUAGGAGUUUGCCCACCAGGCAUACAUCACAUGCAAUACAGGAUAGGCGCCGCCUCUCUGCAGAGCUACAAAGUCUCACAGCGGAGCAACACAGUUCUCUAGAGGACCAGUAUGAACCCAGAUUAUUUCGACUCUUGGAGCACAGUGAAAGAGGGGCAGCAGCACUUAGGGUAGCACAGGAGGAGCUGCAGAAGCAGCGUGAUGAACUCAGACCACUACAAGGGGAGGCAUGUAAAUUGAGAGUGCAGAUGAAUAGCCUUCAGGAACAGAUUGUUCUCCUGAAGAGAAAAAGAGAAGAGGAAAUUCACCUUUAUCGGGAGCAGAUACAGGAAUUGGAAGACAGUAGGAGAGAAAUGAAGAUAACUGUGCAGUUGCAACAGCAACAAAACAAGGAAUUGGAAGACUUACGGAGGAGUUUAGCCCAUGAGCUAGCUAUAUACAAGGGAUGCCUUGAAAUAUAUGGACAACUCUUCAAGUCAGUGACCAAAAAGGAAUGAGAAGAAACCAGCCUCUGUCCUCUUCAUGUAUGACCACCACUCUAUAGUGCCUAUACUGAAUGCAAGCCCUGUAGUUAUAAACAGACAUCACACAGCAGGUCACCACUUUACCUAUUUUGACAUACCAAAAAAAUUUGGAAAAAAUCACCACUGCCCUCCAAAAAAAAAAAUGUUGUCCUAGAUAUGUCUGGGAUCACCACUCAUGGCCAAAAUGUAUUUUUUUUUUUUAUUUGCUUAAAAAUCUGGUUGUUCUCAGCUGUAUUUCUGCAUACACAGAAAGUUUUCAAACUGUUCACA